AUGUUCAUCUACCAAGGAAAGCUCAACUGGUACAACUACGCCGUUGACGAGACCUUCACCAUCAUCUUCCCCAAGGGUGUCGUUCGUGCCAACGAUCCCAUAUACAUCUUCACCCAAUGGACAAAGGAUGCCUCUGGCAUUGAGAAGUCCAAGUUCUUCCAAACCAUCCUCGUCCAAGACCUCAAGCAGCUUCCUAAGUCCACAGAUGUCAGCUUCACUCUGUCAGGAGCUUGGUACAGCUAUACCAUCACCACUGAGCAGAACUACAGCAAGAUCAAGGUCGACAUGACCAGUCCCUCUGGCGGAAAGGCCAGCACUGCUCUUGAGCGCCACUGGCAGCCCCAGGGUGAGAUCAACCCUAAUGCUGCACUUCGCAUCUGGGCUGGCAGCAUCAACUGGCGCGAGAAUGCUGUUAACGAACAGGCCAUCUUUGUCCUCCCUGAGGACUAUGAGGAUGGAAAGCCUAUUGUGUCUUCGUGGCAGUGGACUAAGGAUGGUUCAGGCAACGCUAAGACAUCAGCCUUCAAAGGUACCAACAUGAAGGUCAUCGGGUCUGAUGACAAGUUCGACAAGUUCUCCUUCAACAACUUCUUUGACAUCACUUGUGCCUGGAGCAAAGAGACCCAAAAACUUACUAUUGAGGUCAAGGCAGAUGGAAAGCAGGCCGAGAUUGGCAAGCUGAACCUUGUCGCUAAGGUCGAACCUAAGAAGCACUCAUUCGACUCCGAAGACCUCGUCCCUCCCACAAAGAAAGAGACUGAGUUCCGCCUGCCUCAGCCUGUGCAAACACUUCCUCGCGUCCUCCACGCCAUGCCCUUCCCCCAGACUAUCAUGGAGACCUUGACACAUGGUGUUGCCUUUAUCGAGCAGGCCGGCUACCUCACUGCCCAGGCCCAGAACAAAUUCGCUGCUCUCGACGAGGACUUUCAUAAGCAAACCGUUCUUGUGCAGUCUCUCAAGAAGGACAAGCAAAACCUGGAGACCCAGAUCGUCAAGCUCACUGAUGAGCGCAACCAGGCCAACAACAAGAUCGAUGACCUUCAGAACAAGCUCACCAAGGCUAACGAAGCUUACCAGAACAAGGUCAAAGAACUCGAUGACACCAUCAAGGGACUGCAGAAGCACGGUGAAAUUGACCACACAAUCAUGAAGAAGCUACAGGAAGAUCUCAACAGCCUUUACAGCCAGAACACAGACCUCCAGGACCAGUUGACACAGGCUCACAUUGAGAGAGAUGAUCUCCUUGAGAUGCUCUCAGGUCUGCAUGGCCAAAUUAUUGCCCUCAAUGCGAAGUUGCUCGAGCUCGAGAAUGUUCUCAAGGUACAGAAGGAUGAGAAUGCUCGUCUCAUUAAGGUCAACUCUUGCCUUGAUGAUGACUGGAAGAAAGCACUGAAGGCAAACGAGAUUCUCCAAUCCCAACUCGCCACCGCCAAGAAAGAGCACGACAAGACCAAGGAUGAGCUCGGCAAGACCAGCAAGAGCCUGAAGGACACCAAGGCUGAACUGGACGAGAAGAAGGCAGCCCUGCAGACCAAGACCAAUCUCCUCAAUCAAACUACCGACAAGCUCACGGCUGCCCAGAAGUCGUUGAGCCAGACCACCGACAAACUCGCGGCUACUGAGAAGAAACUGGACGGGGCUAACGCGAGGUGGCGCGACAGAGACCAUGAGAACGAGGCCAACAAGAAGAAGGUGACAAGCCUGAAGCGCAAGAUCGAAGAGUGGGAUGACAUCGUGAAUCAGCUCCAGGACAAGUGCUACGAUAGCGGGGCCAAGAUCGACAAGAUCAACAAGAAGAUUGAUGUGCUUCGCGAGGCUAAAUGA